UGGGACAGUCGGAACACUAUUUGCCUUUAUUUCUCGUGUGCGGGACUAGCGGCGCUAGUGUUCCUUCUUCGAGCACGAGGAUUCCAAACGCAUUUCUCACGGGGCUGCUUCAACCUUCGAGGUAUCCCGAUAAAGCUAGCACACAGCUCGAUCACGAACAGCAACAGGUCGAAAAUACAUCAUGUGAAAGUGCAGCAUUUUGUGCCGGUGGUCGUGCAACAUAUCUACGUUCAACACAUGCCAUACCCUCCAUCACCGGUACGACACACAAGAAUAUGAUGCAGGAUUUGUGGGUGCCGCCUGGUAGGACUCUUCCAGUUCGGAAUCCUCGAACAGCGUCUUCACGCCGUCAGUUAUUCUAUCCUGGAUUCACAGAGGUAACGAAGAGUACCAGGACGGCGCAUUCGAAACUUGUUCAGUUGAAUAUUGACGCCCCACCAUUUGAGCCGAGGGAACCAGAAGGGGCAAGUGGAGUUCACGUAGAAACGAGCUCUGGGUGCAAGACCGGCACAGCAGCGACAACCGCAAACGAAAAAGAUGUACCGUCUGACGUAGUUGCAGGAAUUAGAAGCCUGCUGAGGCGUCAUCCUGAAGGAUUGAAUAUAAAGCUCUUGCCCAAGCUGUAUGUGAGUGAGGUUGAGCAACAUCCCUACUUCGGUAGCAGAAACUGGAACCAGGUAGAUUUGGCUGGUGAAAUCAUAUCGUGCAUUCCGAGAGUUUCAGUCAGCUGUGACACAGAGGGCGACCUUGUCUUGAAAAUUGUAAAGGAUCUGACAGGUGAUGACGAAGAGCAUAAGUUGUCUGGUCUUCCGGCAGAUGUCGCGUCGGCCGUUGAAAGGCUUCUUCUCAGACAUCCACAAGGCAUCUUGGUGCAAGACCUCGUAGAGCUAUAUGAAGCGGAGUACGGUCCACACACAUAUUUCUCUGGUGACAACUGCAAUCCAAUGAAUCUCACUCUGGCUGUGGUCAGCAGCAGUCCUUGCGUAACAGCAAACACACUAAGCGACCGUAGGUGUCUCCUCAAGAUCAAAGUAACCUCUCCAAGCUCAGAACUUGAAGGAGACUAUAGUAGCUCCACUUUAAUAGAGUCUGACACCACUGAGGAAGAAAUGGGGACAUACCACAUGCAGCCUCUUCCAACGACGCAAGGAUUUCCCGUCAAAAUUGGCGAAGUCUACAGCCCGGACGCAUUUUAUAUUCUCAUAGACGGAGAAAGUACUACAGAAGCCUUGUCCAAACUGACUGCUGACAUGGACAACUUCUACUCGACUAUGCCGUCAUAUACCUUAAGCACGAAAGACAUAACAGCCGGGUUUCCAUGUGCCGUGCAGUACGUGACCGAAGGCACACCGUCGUGGCUCCGCGCAGAAGUGUUGUCAGAGGGCAAAAACAACGUCAUUAUUUCGUGCGUCGAUUAUGGCGCAGUUGCACAGGUUGAAAGGCAACAGCUGAGGCAGAUCUGUCCCCGCUUCAUGGAACUGCCCAUUCAAGGCAUCAAAGCCGGACUUGCAGGGAUCGCACCGCGCGGUUCGAUGAACUGGACACACGAUGCCAUUUUGCACUUCCUUAGUCUAGUGAAGUACCCGCAUCUACGUUGUAAAAUAGUAGAUCAGAACAGUGAAGGCGUCAAGGUGAGUCUGUGGAAGACUGACGAGGAACAUUCAGUAGAAGACGUUCUCAUCGAGAAUGGCUACGCUGACGACCUGAGACAGCCGUCACGAGACCCGGAAUGGGUGAUCAAACGAUGUGGUAAUUUGGACGUUAUAAUCUGGAAGGGAAUGCCGUAUGUCACUGGAAGAAAUAUCUCCAAGUUGUUUCACUGGCGUCCAAGAGCUGUGGAAGAAAUGCUUGCGCAGAAGCAAAUUAUCUUCAGCGUAAGCACCGUUUCGCGAUCAGGUCACCCAGCCCUAGUAGCGGACAUCGAGAAGUGUUCCGGCGCAACCGACGACUCCGUGACUUUGUUCAGGCUCCAAAACUUACCCGACUUGCUGAACCUGUUUAAUCAUACUUCCAGGGACACUCGGAGACAAGUUGAACAUAUCUGCAGCAACCUUCACAACUUCGAGCUGCUCGCGGACAGACGAUUGCCGUCCUCACCUUUUAGUCUUUCGGGAUCUGGAGACACGACGGGCGAUGAAGUCUGCACGGCACUACAGGCGAGACGGAAAGCGCUGCAGCACAUGAGAACAUAUUCUGGCGACUCUAGUGAAUGCAUGAGCACGCUUUCUUCGUUCCGUCAGAGCCGCGUUGUGAUCGGUGGAAGGAAGGGAUCCCUUUUCAGACAUGAUGAGGCAACGCGAUGGACAACUCUAGACGGAAACCUCUUUUCUUAUUUUUAUAAUUGCUCAGUCUCAGGCCUUGAGUGGUUGUCCGACGACUGUGGGAGCAAGUCACCUCUAGAGAGAAGCUAGUUCCAAUUGUUUCUGCAAGUUAUACAUCAUACUCGGCCAACUCGAGCCAACUGUGGUCUUUCUGAAGCAUCUCGUAGUUUUUCGCAAGGUACAGACACUUCAGCAGCAUUUAUGAUGGGUGAGCGCAUUGUGUGAGUUACGUCAAAUUAUGUUUCAAUAAAAAAAUUGUUGGGUCGCGGU